UUUGUCUUCGUAUUGUACUUCAAACGUAAAAAUAUUAUGAAAAUUGAAAUGUCAUAAUAAUAUAAUUUAUUUCCAAAGAUAUUUUUCAAAAAAUACUUCUUAAUAAUAUAAAUUUAUAAUGGCUGAUUAUUAUCACGAGUUGGGAUGGAGAGAACUAGGAGAUGGUGAACAACCUAAUCAUCUACUUCAUAUGGCAAGGUUCUUGAUUGAUUAUGGGCUAUAUGAGGUUACCUUUGCAGAACAAUGGCCUAGAUUACCACCAGCUGCAUCAAUAGAGGCUGUUGAGAAUUUAAAAGAGAUUAUAAUAGAAGAUGAUAGUGAAAAUAACUGUCCAAUAUGCCUAAAGAAAUUCUGCAUAAAUGAGAAAGCUAAGGAAAUGCCAUGUCAGCAUUUAUUUCAUGAAAAAUGCAUUAUAACAUGGCUAUAUAAGACAAAUUCUUGUCCAUUUUGCCGUUAUGAGUUGCCAACAGAUGAUAAAGUUUAUGAAACAUUCAAAAUAGAAAAGAAGAGAGCAGCAAAAAGAAGGGAGAAUAUAGAGACUCUUCACAAUUCCAUGUUUAGUUAAUUAUGAGUUUUGUAUAUGAGUAAUAUGCUAAUUUUUAAUUAUUAAUUUGUGCGGUUUUAUAUACUAGCUGCUGAAAUUCCAGAAAACAUACCUGAUUUUUUAAUUUAAAUGUACACUU